GGCUUCACGCGUAUGCGCAAGUUUCGAUCCACAAACAUAUUGAUAAAACGACCGCGAACAUAAUAUGUCAGAGCACUAUCGCAGUUUACACACUUGAAAUAUUGUAGUGAAUGAGUGCCGUGUCGAUUUCAUUAUGUAAUGUGUGUGUGUGAUUGACUCUUGUGGAAUUGAGUUAUCAGUGAAUCCCUUUAUAAAUAAAUCGAAACAUUUAUUUUGUUUAAUCUCAAUAAGUCGCGAUAAAUAUAUUUUAUUAAAUAAAAAGAAAGUAUAAAGAUGAAAUAAUAACAAUGGAAAUAUCGUGCAGAGAAUUCUAAAUAGUGUUCUUUUCAUUGAAUGAAAAGUUAAGAUUUGAUAGGAUAUAUAUAGGAUUUGAUAUAUUUGUUCAUCAUCGCGUCUAGACAGACAGGUAGAGGACAAGAUUUAGGUUAUUGAAGCCCUAAAAUAUUUCAAAAUGGAGGAUAAUAAUCAGGUACACGCGCAUAACCUGCUUGGUCUGAAAACACAGGUUCCAAAAAGGAAAGAUAACGCUUUAACGCGUACCUUGCGAUCAUGCUGUUUUAUACCCCAACGCUAUAUAUUAGGAGUAAUGGGACUCCUAGGAGUCUGCAAUGCGUAUACAAUGAGAGUUUGUCUUAAUUUGGCAAUAACACAGAUGGUAAACCGUACUAAGACUGGCGACGAGCAUUUUGACCCGUACGCGUGCCCUGAUGACGUAUUACCUGGUAAUACAACAACUACAGUUUUAAAGCCAUACGCCAUCUUUGACUGGGAUGAGAAAACACAAGGGCUUAUACUUAGCGGCUUCUACUACGGAUACGCGGCCACUCAAGUGCCCGGCGGCUACUUGGCGGAAAAGUUCGGAGGUAAAUGGACACUGGGAGUUGGUCUACUCAGUACUGCCUUAUUCACGUUCCUCACACCCAUUGUUAUAAGAGGCGGGGGUGCCACAUGGCUUUUCAUACUUCGAGUUCUACAAGGGAUGGGUGAGGGUCCAACAAUGCCAGCACUCAUGAUCAUGUUAGCGCGAUGGGUGCCUCCCCAUGAGAGAUCCUUCCAAGGGGCACUCGUUUUUGGUGGAGCUCAGAUAGGCAAUAUAUUUGGUUCCUAUAUGUCUGGCAUUCUACUCGCCGAUGGUAGAGACUGGGCUUAUGUGUUUUAUUUCUUCGGAGGAUUCGGCCUUGUGUGGUUUACAUUGUGGAGUCUCACCUGCUACAGUACGCCAAACACCCAUCCAUACAUAUCAAAAAAAGAACUUAACUACCUCAACAAAAAUGUAACGACAGCAGAGAAUAGUUCCCUCAAAGAUCCAGUGCCUUGGAAAGCGAUAUUGCGGUCCGCGCCAGUGUGGGCCCUUGUGUGGGCAGCUGUUGGUCACGACUGGGGCUACUACACAAUGGUGACAGAUUUGCCGAAAUACUCUCACGACGUGCUUAAAUUCAAUAUAGCGACCACUGGAACCCUCACAGCGCUGCCUUAUAUAGCCAUGUGGGUGUCUUCCUUUAUAUUUGGCUUCGUUUGCGACUUGUGCAACAAGAAAGGCUGGCAUACAAUCAAGACUGGGAGGAUCAUACACACAACUAUAGCGGCAACUGGACCAGCGAUUUGUAUAAUUCUUGCAUCGUAUGCUGGUUGCGAUCGUACGGCUGCUAUGGUUUAUUUCAUUCUAUCCAUGGCGUUAAUGGGUGGAUUUUACAGUGGAAUGAAGGUGAACGCCUUGGACCUUGCACCGAACUUUGCCGGCUCUCUUACCUCGCUAGUCAAUACAACUUCUACAUUCGCUGGCAUCAUCACACCAUACCUUAUUGGAUUGUUAACACCUGAUUCAACUUUGGCGCAAUGGCGGGUGGCAUUCUGGGUAUGCUUUGCAGUACUGGUCGGUACGAACGUAGUGUACUGUAUAUGGGCAGAUGGUGAACAGCAAUGGUGGGACGACGUUAGACAGUUUGGCUACCCACCAGAUUGGAAACAUGGUACACUCAUCCCUGAUGCUAAUCCUGAACAACCGGAAACUGUACCACUUUCCAGCAAAAAAGAAACAGAAGAUUUAUAGGUUUUCUUGGCCCGUUUGUGUUUACAUAAAAAAAAUACAAGAGUAAUGCAUAAUCAUGCUAGAAAAUUGUGCCUGACUUAUUCGAUAAGCAGAAAUAUAUAAAGUCUUAAAAUAUAAAGGAUUAAAGUUAUUUACAAAAUAAAAUUAUUAUUGCAUAAUUUCAGGAUUUAAAAAAAACGAAUAUUUUUUCAAAACCAGUGUACAAAUAAUUUUUAAAAGUAUUUAUGCUUAGAAAAUUAGGUUAAGACAUUGUAACGUGAAUUAAGCCGAACUGUACUUAGGAAGAUGUAAUUGAGCCAUAGUAAUAUACUCAUUGAAAAACCACCCAGUCUAUGAUAUAUUUUACGUAUCGUUCUUUUAACUUAUUAGUUAUAGUAGUUUGAUCUGCGAAUUUAUGUAAAUAAUCUCGAUAAUAAAAGUUAUAAUGGAGAA